UGUUCAUCUUGUUUUGUUUUUGUUUUUUUGUCAGGCUUUCUUAUGUUGCUUCGAGGUCGUUCACUCUGCCAAGUUCUUUGUCUGUUUUUGCACGAGACUUGAUAACGAGACUUUUCAAAGGCCAGUUUUACAACACAUCUCAUAUCAAAACACAUCCAUUCUUCCUUGGAAUUAAUUGGAAAAUGAUACAAGCUCGUUUGACUGUACCUCCUACCAUUACACAAACAGUACCUCAUCGUCCAAGCCUCCGYAAGACCAGCAGCGAAGCAUGUCUUUACGUCGAACCAAUAACUUCCCCUCCCCCUCCCUCCUUCGUGCGGCCUUCAACUCCAGGAAUCCCUAUCAAUUAUGAUCACUCCAUGGACACUCAUCAAUAUAGCCCGCCACACCCUGCRGCAUAUCAUGCGCCACACCCAUCAACACGGCCGGCACCACCUCGAAGACUAMGAAGCGCCUUAUCUUCACCUGAUUUGUCGAUGUUUGGACGAGAACCUGAACCAAGUCCAUGGACGCGAGAACCUGUUAACGUAGAACCGUACUAUCAUAACCACCAUUACCAAUCAAUGGCUGAUCUUCAUAGUAUUAAUACGGAUUACAAUCGUCCAAGAACAUCAUCAUUUUCAAACACAGACUCCAGGAAUAUGAUCGGRUUUGAUGGCGGGCGACACGAGCGCAAGAUAUCCCAACAUCUAUCUUAUCCUCCUGGAAAUCCCCAAUUUUUYGAAAGKCAGCAUGGGUAUGGGUAUACRAACAACCAWCAAGUAGGWAACUAUGAUAGUAGGUACGCCUCCCCAUUGUCGUUUAAUGGGCCUCCCUUAUAYGGAACUGAUGGAUUUUCAAGAAAUGUCGCUGAUCAUUACUACAACAGCAACAGCGAGUACUCGUAUCACUCGCAUGGACCGUCAGAAUUUGGUCAUGUGGUUASAAGCGACAAUAUAAGAGAAUCCAGAGAMUCAUCWUUGCAUAGAAGUCGGUCGUUCUCAGAAAUUAAUUUUGACGAUUCAAAGGGCUUUCUUGCCAUAUCAGACGAUAGUCCAAGACGGAUUUCCAGAUCUUCAACACCAACAAUUGAGAAUACAGAAAGACGAAAGUAUUAUCCACUCGCGCAAGUUCCAAUCCCGUCAUUUGCAGAAUUCAAACGAAAAAAUUCUAAAAUCGAGAGCAAAGAAGUADAGAGUAUAAAAAAUUCGACUUCGGAAACAUCGAAGAACAAACAGCAUCAGAGAAGUUACAGUGAAAGGGACUUAAAAACUACUCUKAGAGAAACAGUUAUUCAAAAAGAGUUGUUGAAAGACAACAAAGACACAUCUAAAACAACUAACGGUGAAAUCUUGAAAGACAAGAACAAUUAUUCACACAAUGAUGUCAUCCACAAUCUAAUGUUGAAAUAUGGACUUUACGAAAGAAGUGAAAAAAGAAAAGAAACCAGAAACACAUCAACUAAGACUGACAAAGAACUCCGAAUUUCCUCUAAAAUUGAAUCUUUCCUCGAAUCAWUGGAGAAAAAAGACAAGUCAAAGAACAAUGACAAGGUUGGCAAUCGAGAAGAAUCGUCGCCAUCGUCCCCAAAAGAGGCAAGGCCAACGCGACGGAGUCCAAGAGGACAGCGCAGACGAGCAUCAGCAGCCGUAGUUGAAAAACCCAAUAUUGUUGCUCCAACGCUUACUCGGAAAAGCAAAUCAACUCUUGGUCCAGAUUCACUAGAAAAWACUGAAGAUGAAAACAACAAUGAAAGGACAAAAACGAUUAUUAAAGAGGAACUUUCCUCUCGCUCUAGCCCAAGUCUUAGUCCCAGGUAUAGAGAAUUAACCGCCAGUAAGACUGAUUUAACAUCAAUAGCGGAGGUUUAUAAAACAACAAGACAAACUAGUGUAUCUUCAAUGUCAACCUCACCAGACGAUGUGUCUGCUUCGAUAGACUCCGGCGAGAAGAAGGYCGCCUCUAGAACUCUUUGGGAAGCGGCAAAAACUAGGUUAAAAUUAGUAAAAUCUCCCACUAACUCUCCGUUGACAAGGAGAAAAGUCAAAGAACAGCAAAAUAAAGAUAAUGAUGGUCAUUCUCCCAAUGAGGGAUCGUCGAARAUGAACGGCGAGAAGGAAAAGAAAUCGCCAAGAAGUGUUAGGAAUGACUUGCGCGUAGACGAUGAUGYUCAAAGCAGAAUGUCUUUAGAGCCAUCACCACAGGGUCUGCUUCAGAAAGGUGGCAUACACACGAGUCUGUUAAGCAUUGCGAGCAGUAUUUGCUCAGAUAAUGAACUGGAUGAUAGUUCUAGUAUUCACAGUACAGGCGAACGUUCAUCUGGAAGUAGAAGGCGAUGGGAGAGUUUCCAUAGUAACAUCAGCGUAGAUAGUGGAUCAGCACAUAUGUUUGACUUUGAAAAUGAUUCGGUGGGCAUGGAGGAUCCUUUCGAUGACAAGGAAUCUGCUGAAACUAUGCGCAAAAAGAGCGACACCGAGAUAGAACGUACAGAUAGUGGUAUUGGUGGAGACAUAGGUCGACAUCAUAAACAGAGCUGGGAAGAUAUUGUCCUUAAGAGCUCCAGACACUGGUCCGUGGUCGCAGCUAGUGCGCGUCACUGGAAAGAAGUAGCAUUGAAAAGCAAAAUGGAAAAAGACGCUCAUUCAACAAGAAGAAAAAGUAGCACUCCUGCUAUUACAGAAGACAUGGUUGAAUGUGCGGACUGUCAGAAGUACUUCAUUCCUGAACCUGAGAAAAGCAAAACUAAGACAACAAUUUGCCAAAAAUGUCUCGAGCGUCGUGUUGAGAGGAAGGAAGCCAUCAUUGAACUCGUACAAACAGAGAUAAACUACGCAAAUGAUCUACAGAUACUAAAAGAGGAAUUCUACAUUCCUUUGCAAUCUGGUGGGAUUCUUCAGCCUGACAACUUGAGUGAAAUCUUCCUAAAUCUUCAGGAACUUGUAGAAGUCAGUACAAAGUUUUCAAAGCGACUUCAAAAUGCCCUGGAAGAGUCUGUCUCAGAGGGAAAUGAGGAAUUUUCACACGUCAACGUUGGUAACAUCUUCUUAGAAAGUGUAGACUUCUUCCAGUCUUAUGAAAUCUACUGCACAAAGCAAAAUGCCGCCUCUGCACUUCUGGAAUCUUUGCAGAAGAAGAAUGAACUCCUUAAAAUAUUUCUAAACGUGACUUGUAGAGAAAACCCRAAGUGUCGUAAAAUGGACCUGAAUUCAUUUCUUCUUGCUCCAGUGCAAAGGAUUAUGAAGUAUCCCUUACUUCUAAGCCGGAUCCGAAAAACGACUCCACGGCGCAAUCCAGAUCGAGAAAAAUUAAUGCAGGCACAAAGAAAGAUUGAAGAUCAACUGAAUAGAAUUAACGCUCUCAACUCUACCGUGGAGUCGAAACAGAAGCGCUAUCGAGGAAGCGGUCACCUUGGUAGAUCGGACUCCCUAGACAAAUUACAAAUGAAGAAAAUGGCAAGCGAAAUCUUAAACUGGGCGAUGGGUGAAAUGACCUUGCUGAUGCAUGGCGUGUUUGAGGUUGUAAUCCAUGAGUUCAUAUCUGCCAGUGGUUGGAGCCGACGAGGAAGCAAACGUACAGUCGAUGUGUUUAUGCUUUUCUGUGUCCUAGGACUAUCCGAG